AUGUUUAUACAAAGAAAAAUGAACAACCAUCCUUUGAAUUUCCAACCAAUAUUAAUUUCUCAUCCGAUGACUAGAGAUAGCACAACGCAAAAAAAUAUGACGGGUAAAGAUUUCACCCCAACUCAUGCAGAAUUUGUCAAAGAAGAGAACAAGCCUGAUUUGCAUUCUAUUCCGGUGGGCUCGCCGAACGUUAUUCUACCACAAAUUCAGCUCCCAAAGAUUGCAACACUCGAAGAGCCAGCAUUUGAAAGCAGAACAGGCUCGAUAACGGAUCAGUCUGCCAGGAGAAAUUCGGUCAACGUAGGGACCUUGUGUGACGAUGCUCCGAACUUUUCUGGCCCACAUGUCCCAAGGCCGGUGGCCGUCCAAAAUCUAAUUCCUCCAUCUUUACCAAGAUUGAACGCGUAUCAAUUUAGGCCCCAACUCAUAGAUGGUAAUUCAAACUUCCAAUUCAACCCUAACCACUAUACUCCCGCAUCUGUCCCACCUCAUACAUCAUACGAACCCUCCUACACUACAGCAUCUACGUUCGCCAACUUACCUGCGGCUUCUUAUUUUCCUUCAAACAGCACACCAACAACAAGAAAAAAUAGCACUACUAUGAACUCUCUUACUGAAGAAGCACGUCGUGUCUCUGUUUCUCUUUCUGAACCGGUAUACAACGAAGGUGAAAAAUAUAAUCUUGAUGGUCAAUUAAUUGGUAAGACAGGUAAGCCGCUAAGAAAUACAAAGAGAGCCGCGCAAAACAGAAGUGCCCAAAAGGCAUUCAGACAUCGUCGUGAAAAAUACAUCAAGAAUCUUGAAGAAAAAUCUAAAAUAUUUGACGGCCUGGUGAAAGAAAAUGACGAACUGAAAAAAAUUAUUGAUUUACUAAAAGCAAAAUUAAAUGAAGAAAAACAAGGAUGA